UCCAGAGGAUCCUCCAGAACGAGGCUGGCUGAAAGAAAAGAUGGUGAGAAGUCGAAGCCGGUCUCCUCCGAGAAGAGAGAGGCGUCGUUCGGGCUCCCGUGACAGGGACCGACGGAGGUCGCGAUCCGUGUCCAGGGAGAGGGAGAGGCGGCGCCGGGCAGAGGGGAGACGACGGUCCAGAUCUCGCUCACGAUCCCCGGUCCGGCGAUGCAGAUCAAGGUCUCGGUCUCCACGGCGACGAUCAAGGUCAGGGUCACCCCACAGACGGAGAAGUUCAGGGUCACCCAGUCGUAGCAGGUCCAAGCGCGGGAGCAGUCCGCCUGUUAGGAGGGAGAUCGAUCCCUCCAAGCUGGAGGGGAAGACAGAAGAUGAGAUUGAGAUGAUGAAGAUGAUGGGAUUCUGUGACUUUGACUCCACAAAGGGUAAGAAGAAGAAUGACGUUCAGACCAAGGCUGGUGCUGCCAACAUCCUACAGAAAAGGAGAUAUCGGCAAUACAUGAACCGAAGAGGUGGCUUCAACCGACCACUGGAUUCCAUCGCUUGAGGGGGACAAUUCAUGUAUGCUACAGGGGUGGCCAUGGGGUUUUGUAGGGAUGGUUCAUUUGUGACCAUUCCAUGGUAUCAGCAUGAAGUAGGGAUAGAAUACUCCAGACAGAAGAAAAUCCAAAUCUGGGGACAGUUCAUUGGAUACGUAUUAGGGGUAGCUGUGAUAGGGACAGUCCAUAUGUAGGUGCUAGGAGGAUUGUGAAGUAUUCAUGUAACCAAGAUUUAAAUCAGUGUCGGUGAUAAGUUGUAUCAGACAGUCCUUUUUAGUUUCCUUAUAUUUAAAAGUACUUAGUAGUCAUUGGCCACACAAACCUCAGUGCAAAUUAUCCUAGUAUCUAUUUAGGAUGGCAACUGAACAUACUAGCAUCUACAUAUAAAUUAUGUUUAGAUAACUUCUAGUGAAAACUGGUGAAUGUCAAGUUGACCCGCUGUUUCUGUGAAUCUUUUUGAACAAUAAAAGUUUUGCACCAUUCA